CUAGGACUUCUGUGACGUCCACAAGACAGGGAGGGCAAGGCGGACAGAGAGCGAGGAGAGAGGAGAGAAGAGAGGAGAGAAGGUCUCGGACAAGAGAGACAAGCAGAGUAAGAAGGACAAGUGAGAGCCCAGAGGGUCUGGGUAAAGGUGACGAGGGUGAAGAGCGCUGAACUUUCCCCUAUCAAAAACACAACACAACACAAGAGAGAAAAGAGAAGAGAAGGGGGAUCUGAACUCCCAGCACAGCACGCCGCAUCCAGGAUGUUUAAGAAGAAGGAUAGUACGACCAAAAGCCCGUCCAAGGGCGACAGCAGCACGCUGAAAAGCACCAAGUCCAAGUCUGGUAUCAGCAACUUGGCGUUGCUGGUGGCGCGCAUGCAGAAGAAUGCAGACCAGGUGGAAAAAGACGUGCUGCGGGCCGAAGAGCUCAUGGUCCUGGACAAUGAAAACAAAAACAAGGAGUUGCCCUUUAAGCACCAGAAGGAGGUGGCAGACUGCCUGGGCCAGGCGGAGGGGCUCCUGAAAGACCUCUUCCUGGACGUGGACAAGGCCAAGAAGAUGAACCAUCCACAGACAUCAGAGAUCGAGAACGAUGUGAGCCACCUGCAUGACCGCUGGUUGAAAGACUGUGCCAUCCAUCGUGACGUCUACGACCCCGUUGACGACGUGGAGCUGCUACCCAGGAUCCACUGGGCACAGGUGCUCAACGAGAAACAAAAACAGGUGAAUAACGAGGUGUUUGGACCGUCUCUGGCCGACGUGGAGAAACAGAUCGCAUCCCAUAAUAUUCUACACAAGGAGAUUGAGACCUACAACUCCCAGAUGAGCCCCGGGACCACCAGCUCUAAGGAGGAGUACGCUGAUAUCAAGAAGCAGUACACCAAUCUGUUGGACAACUCCAAGUGGCGUCGGCACUACCUGAGCAGCCUGUACGACUACAUGCACGGCUGCAAGAAGGAGAUGAAGUACCUGAACGAGGAGCAGGCCAAGAUCCUCAAGCAGGACUGGAGCGACCGCAUGGUGGACCCGCCCGACGUACGCAGGGAGUACGAGAACUUCAAGAACAACAGUCUGCUGUCCCACGAGGCGGAGGUGAACAGACUGCAGGAUGACGGCGACCGACUGGUGGAGCUCAAGCACCCGGCUAGCAGCAUCGUAGAGACGCAGAGAGAUGAGCUGAGGAAUGAAUGGCAGAAAUUCCUGAACCUGUGCAUCUGUCAGGAAGUACAUUUGGACAACAUGGAGGAGUACAAAAAGUAUCAACUUGAUGCUGACACUCUGUCUGAGUCCCUGACCCGUCUCAGCUCCUCUCUGGACCCCAAAGCUCUCAGCAGCAUGAGCAACCCGGAAAUCCUGCUCCAGCUUCAGGCGGAGGAGAAGGCGGUGCAGCGUAGCGAGGCCAAGCUAGCGGACCUGAGGAAGAGAAGCACCACCAUCGCCCCCCUCAAGCUGCGCCGCAGCCCCCCCACCCGCGCCAAGGACAUCGAGUCGCUGUGUGACUGGACCACGCCCAAGGCGUCGCUGACACGCGGGAAUGUCUUCACUCUGAAGUCCAACUCCGACAAUGAGAACUGGGAGGUGGUGGGCAGCGACGGCAUCGCCAAAAGCUUCCCUGGAGUGUGUUUCCUAAUCCCCCCACCCGACACUGAGGCCAUUGACAAAGUGGACCUGCUUGGGGGUGAGCUGGCCGAUUUGAAGAAGAGAAGAGCGGCCCUCGAGGCCUCCCUGAAGAGCCGGCCAACUGAGGUCUCCAAGGCCAGCCAAGCAGCUCCUGUUUCUGCCGCCCCUGAGAACCCCAAAGCGCUGGAGCUGGCGGGCCGCCUGAGCGACCUGGAUAAGGACCUGGCCCAGGCGGAGGAGGACAUCCUGAGCCGCCUCCGGGCUCCACUGGACCGCACCGACUCCGCUAAGGACCUCGACAGCAGGCUGAAGGAACAGCAGAAAGCUGCUGAAGCCCUGGCGGCUCUGAACCAGCAGAAGGCGGCGGCCCAGAAGGAACUGGAACCGCUGCUGAGCCAGAACACCAACGGGCCGACCCUGUCCUCCCUGCCCGAGAAACUCAACUCGACCCAGAAUAAGCAGGACAGCCUGGCAGCCCUUGCUGACCUGUACACCAAGAAAGCUAAUGCCUCUCUGAAUCUGGAGAACCAAAUUAAGAAAGUGGACGGCAUCGUGUCUGGCCUGGAGCAGAAGCUGAGCGAGGACGGAGCCGUUCCAGACGCUCCCGACGCUAUUCCCACUCGCCUGCAGGAGGUCCAGGACCUCAACAAGGACGUGGCUAAAACUCAGCCCCAGAUGAAGAAGCUUAGUGAGGACCUGGAGGCCACGGAGAAGCUGUGCAGCUCGCUGCAGCAGGGCUACCAGGAGUACUGCCCCGACAUCGGACGACAGAGGUCAGAGGUCACCAAGCUUCAGGGACGCUACGCGCGCGUCGCCAACCAAGGACAAGAGAGGGAGAAACUGCUGCAAAGUGCUGCCCUCAAAAAUCAAGACUUCCAAAAUGUCAGCCAGUCUCUUGACUCCUUCCUGAACAACUUGCCAAACAACAACGUCAGCCCCAGUGACAGCCUGGCUGAAAUCAGCGCCAAACAGACUUCACAAGAGAGAGUGGUAGAGGACAUCAGGCGCAAAGGAGAUGAUGUCGACCGAGUCAUUGACCUCUCCACCGACCUUCAGGAUCUGCUCGAGGAGUAUGAGACUAAUGCAGACACCUUCAACGGCACCCUGGAGGACGCUGGCCCCACAGAAGCCAAAAAGCCCAACACCUCAUCUCUGGCAGAUGCAGUGCAGCAACAGGAGAAAGCUUUGGCGAACCGUUACGCUGAAACUGCUGCAGCGAACGACCAGCUGCUGAACCAACUUGGUCUGGCCAAAAACAUUGUGGGACGGAAUGAAGAGCAGGCAGCUGUCGUGUCCCAGCAGCAGGCGCAGCUGCAAAGCCAGCUGAAGUCGGCCGAAGAGGUUGACGGCUUGAAGAAGGAGCUGGAUGACGAGGUGUCCAGGAGAGACCAUGCGGAGACGGACCUCAAGACGUUCAAGGACAGACUGCUAUCAUUGAAGAGCCGCCGAGGCGUGGAGCGUAUCGAGGAGAAAGAGGUGCUCCAGUACUAUCGCGACCCCAAGAUGGAGAAAGACCUGGAGGAACUGGAGAAGACGGCUCACGAGGAAGCCCUCAAGCGCGCCGGCAUCCAGAGCGAGAUCGAUCUCACCGGCUCAAAGAUCACAAAAUUGACGACGGAUACCAAGGCGAUUGAGCCCAAGUUGGUCACCAGAGAAGUGACGAAAUACGAGCGAGAUCCCCAACUUGACAUUGAAGCAGACAAAGUCAACAGUGAGAUUAAAAAGCUGAAGGAUGAUUCUCGUGAAACUGACAAAGAGGUGUCCCAACUACAAACUGAGUUAACGAUCCUGGAACAGAAGAAGCCAAACAUUAAGCAAAGGGUGGUGCAGAGGGAAGUGGUGAGGGUGGAGAAGGACCCAGAGAUGCUGAAAGCUGUCAGAACAUUUGAAUCUGACAUAGCAGAUGAAGGUGAAAGAAGCAGAUCCAUCAACAAUGAGAUCUUCCAAAUCAGAAGUCAGAUCAACACAUUGGAGAGACUAAUUCCAACCCUGGAACCCAAGAUUGUGACGAAGGAGGUGAAGCAAGUCGAACAGGAUCCUGAAGCCUUGAAGGAGUCAGAACACCUAAAAUCACUUUUGGAUAAUGAGCAAAAAGAAUACACCAAUCUCCUUACCGAACUGUCUGGGCUUCAACUGCGGCUGGGACAGGUGAAGGAAUUGAAGCCGAAACUGGAGGUCAAAGAGGUUGUCAGUGAGAUCUUCAAGGUCUCACCACAAACAGAGGAGGAGAUGGCACGAUUGAAAAGGGAACGCCAGGAUUCCGUGAAGAAAAACAAAGAUCUUGAGUAUGAAAUAAGGCGAGUGAAGUCUGACAUAGAGGACCUGAAAACGCAGCCCCCUCAGGUCGAGUGGAAAGAAGUCACUCAAGAAGUCGUGAAAGAGGAACGGACACCUGAAGAUGUCAAAGAGCUUCAGAAGCUUGCGGACCAGCUGUCUGUUCUCCAAAACACAUACGACACCACUGAAAACCAGAUAAAGAUUCUGAAAAAAGACAGAGAUGAAAUCAAAGCAGAGAAGUCCAAGGUGGAAACGAAACUCCUGAACAAAGAGGUGGUGAAGUACAUUGAUGACCCACUGCUAGAGAAAGAGGCUGAUCGCCUGAGAAGAGACUAUCGUGAUGAGCAGCAGAAGCGUCGUGCAAUCGAAGAAAUGGUCUUUGAUCUACAGCAAAAAUACAUUGAAUUGGAAAGACAGAAACCUGAGGAAAAAGUGGUGGUUGAAGAGGUGGUGAAGGUCCAGAAGAACCCUCAGCAGCUCCUUGAACACGACAGACUUGGUAAGGACCUCGACACUCAGCUCAAGUCACGUAGGCAACUGGAGCUGGAGGUCAACCAGCUGAAAUCUAGAGUGGAGGAGAAGGAGAGGAAUGUCCGUGCGAGCGACGAACGUAAAAGAAAAAACCAAGUCGAAACAGAGCUCUCUGAAGUCAAAACUCGAAUCCGUAGUCUGGAAACAGCACCACCACCUGUGGAGGAGAGCAUCGUCAUGGAGGAGGUGAUGAAAGUGGAGAGGGAUCCCAAAUUGGAGAAACUGACCAGUGGUCUCCGCACAGACUUUGACCGAGAGAACAAUGAGAUCAUACGCCUUCAAAGAGAGAUAAGACACCUGAAUGCAAGGCUCGACGUCCUGAAACGGGAGAAGGCUGGCGAGAAGACGGUCUACAAAGAGGUGAUCCGCGUGGAGAAAGACCAAGCAGUAGAGUCGGAGAGGUCCCAUCUGAGAGACCAGGCACUCCAACAGAGAAACGCCAGACGAGACCUGGAGGACGAGAUCAAGAAGCUGAAGGAGAAGCUGAGCAGGCUGAGAAAUCGAAGCACCAGCACGUCCCAGGAAGAGACCAACCUGGUCCGCAACAGGGACUCCUUGCAAAAGGAGAAGGACAGACUGGAGCGCGAGUUGAGGACCUUGGAGUCAGAGAAACAGGACACCGCCAUCUCAUUCCAGCAGCAGACCAGACUGAUGAGCGACAGAAACCAAAUGAACAGGCAAAAGAGUAUUAAGAUGGAGACGGACGUUCAGCGUCUUGAGAGAGACAUCCUGGAUGAAAAAGACAAGAUCCACAAGCGUGAAAACACCGUCAGGGAGCUGCAAAACAGCCUGAAGAAAGAGGGAGACCAGAAGGAGUCGAGAACCAAGGAGACCAACCUCUCGACCAAAAUCACCAUUCUGGACCCAGACACGGGGAAAGACAUGUCGCCCUAUGACGCUUUCCUGAAAGGUAUGAUUGAUCGUAAACAGUACCUGCAACUGCAGGAGCUGGAGUGCGACUGGGAACAAGUGUCGACGAUGGGGCCAGACGGCGAGACCUCUGUGCUGCAAGAUCGCAAGAGCGGCAAACAGUACCCCAUCAAGGAGGCUCUGAAGGACGGCCGGGUGACCGAAGAGCAGCUGGACCAGUUCAAGAAAGGCAAGAUGCCCAUUUCGGAGUUCGCUCUGCUUGUCGCCGGGGAAACCAAACCAGCUCCAUCCAUCUCCUCGAUCCCAAGCUGGCGGUCGCGUAGCAGCACCAGUGAUACCGUCAUCGAGGGAGACUUCCCCAUCUCUGGCAUCUACGACAACAACACCGACUCCAGCCUGUCCAUCCGCGACGCCAUGAAGCACAGGAUGAUCGACACGAACACCGCUCAGAAGCUGCUGGAGGCGCAGGCCGCCACGGGGGGCAUCGUGGACAUCAACAACCGGGAGAGGUACUCCGUGCACAAGGCCGCGGAGCUCGGCCUGAUCGAAGCGAGCCAGCUGCAGCGGCUGCUCAACGCUCAAAAGGCCUACACCGGCGUGGAGGACCCCAUCACCAGAGAACGCCUGUCCAUCGGCGAGGCCGUCCAGAAGGGCUGGAUGCCCAAAGACACCGCCAUGCGCUACAUGGAGGCGCAGUUCCUCACGGGGGGACUGGUCAACCCCAACAGAACCGGACGCGUUGACGUCAUAGAGGCCGUGGGUUCUAAAAUGAUCGACAGCGCUAUGCUGCGGGAGCUGCAGGAGGAGGCUAACCACGCCAAGGAGCUCAUCGAUCCCAUCACGAAGGAGAAGAUCAACUACAAGCAGGCCUUGAACCGCAGCAAAGUAGAUCCCGCGUCGCGCCUCCCCAUGCUGCCUGCCACCUCCAAAAGCACCUCCCCCUCCUCCUCGCUGCCCUCGUACUACACACACCGGUCGUCUAUUCGUUAAUAUAGUUAGUUAAGAUAUGUUUACAGUCAGAUUGGAUGCUGGAGGACUGUCUGUGACUACUUUAGUUGUAAAUGUCAAGACACAAAUAUGUUCAUAUGAAAUAAAUAAAAUGAAUGUCUAUAUUGUCUCAGGAAAAGCGGGGGAUAUUUAUUCGGCUUGCUGAAAGGGGUCACAACCAGGGUUGCCAGAUGAGGCUGAGGAUUUCCAGCCCAAAAAAUGCUGAAAACCCGCCUGGAAGCACUAAAUCCCGCCCAAUUCUAUUGACUUCUAUGGGCAAAAUUGGGCGGGUUUUCCCGCAAAAUGCCAUUUUUACCCGCACAUGGCCAUCCUAAGCAGCCCAAUUGGGCGGGAAACAGCCUAUUCUGGCAACACUGGUCACAACUAUUAUUGCUGCUGAGAUGCGCGUUUACUCAUUUAUGAAGGAAAAAGUUUUAUUCGUAACUUACUGAUCAUUAUCCUUACUACGUCUGCCAGAUUUGGGAUGAUAUUGGGGACAUAUGGUGCAAUCAAGGUUUGGAUGUCAACACCUUCAUAUAUAUAAUUUAAAGGUUUUCACAGAUUUUGUUUUUGCUGUUAUUGCUUUGUUUGAUAUUGUAUGACAAAUAAAUGUAUUGAUUAAAAUGUGA